AGGUUCCCAGGAAAUGCGUCAGCUGAAACCACGACUUCGCUGCAGGAAGAUUGUGGAGACCAAAGAUCCUGGUGGAGACUGGCGGAGAGGGUGAAAGUUUAAACGAACAAAGGAUUCGUGUGUAGAAAGGAACUGCAGAUGCUGGUUUAAGACACAAAAUGCUGGAGUAACCCAGCGGGACAGUCAACAUCUCUGGAGAGAAGGAAAUGGAAAUAAUAGCAGUCGUGCUCUGCCGGGAUUAUGCCACCCAAAGGCAUCACAAGAAAGAAGCUUCCUGAGCCUCUUCCUGAGGGAUUGGUUCUGACAGAUUCAGAGAAAAAGCGUUGGAAACUGGGGAAAAUGAUUGGCAGUGGCGGAUUUGGACUGGUACACUUGGCUUCUCCUGCUUCAGAAAAACAUGUAGGGAAUGAAGCUGUCCAUGCCAUUAAAGUAGAGCACCAGGAAAAUGGACCCCUGUUCUCGGAGCUGAAGUUUUAUCAGAGGGCAGCUAAAUCAGUGCACAUAAAGUCGUGGAUGAAAAGCCAUAAACUGAGUUUCUUGGGCAUUCCUGCUUACUGGGGAUCAGGCUUGACUCAAUACAAUGGGACGAGCUACAGAUUCAUGGUCAUAGACAGACUUGGUGUAGAUUUGCAAAAGGUGUUGGAGAAAGAGGGGAACCGGUUUGCCAAAGCAACUACUUUGGAAAUAGGCUGUCAAUUGCUUGAUAUUUUGGAGUUUGUUCAUGAACACGAAUAUAUCCACGGUGAUAUCAAGUCAGCCAACCUGCUUCUCGGCCUCAAGAAUCUCAAAGAGAUAUAUCUGGCGGAUUAUGGUCUUGCCUUCAGGUACAAUCCCAAUGGAGAUCACAAACACUAUAAGGAGGAUCCGAGGAAAGGUCACAAUGGAACAAUUGAAUUUACCAGUAUAGAUGCUCAUAAAGGUGUAGCUCUAUCCAGACGAAGUGACCUGGAAAUCCUCGGCUACUGCAUGCUGCAGUGGCUAUGUGGAAAGCUGCCUUGGGAUCGGGACCUGAAGGACCCUGUGGCAGUCCAACAAGCCAAAGUCAAAUUUAUGACAAACCUUCCCGUUUCUGUGUGCCAAUGCUUUCCUUCUGGAUGUCAAAGCAGUGAAUUAGUCAAUUAUCUGACUUAUGUGAGUACUCUGAAGUAUGAAGAAAGGCCACAAUAUCAGAAACUACACAACAUCCUGUUAAAUCGAAAAGACGGCAGCCAAUCUGAGAGUGUGGAUCACCGUGGAAUAGAGUGCGAAUCUCAGUGUAUGGAUUCCUGGCCUUUGCCUGUUUCUGAAAAUAGUAAGAGAAUACAGGCAAUUCGCUCAACGCAAAAUGUGCCUGUGUCAAGACAGAAAUCAACAAGACAAAUUGCACUGAAGCAAAUAAAAGGAAGAGGUAACAUUUCAAGUGGUAGUGAAUGCUCAGAACUGUUGAGGGUUGAAGCAAGGAUGCCGGAGAUUGCAAUGGCUGUUCAAAGUCAGGAAGAGGUGCCUGUGUCAAGACAGAAAUCACCAAGACAAAUUGCACUGAAGCAAAUAAAAGGAAGAGGUAAAAUUUCGAGUGGUAGUGAAUGCUCAGAACUGUUGAGGGUUGAAGCAAGGAUGCAGGAGAUUGCAAUGGCUGUUCAAAGUCAGGAAGAGGUGCCUGUGUCAAGACAGAAAUCACCAAGACAAAUUGCACUGAAGGAAAUAAAAGGAAGAGGUAACAUUUCAAGUGGUAGUGAAUGCUCAGAACUGUUGAGGGUUGAAGCAAGGAUGCAGGAGAUUGCAAUGGCUGUUCAAAGUCAGGAAGAGGUAACUGGACCUUCAAUACAACCUGAGAUCAGGGAUAGGAAGCCCGAAGUUAUAACGACUGGCCGAAGAGAGGCAAAGUUCCGUGCUCCAGCUGCAGCUUCAGAAGUGCCUCCGGAUCAAAUAAAAAUAAAAUCAGACAUCUUCCGAUAUGGUGCUGCAGUCCUAGUCUUGUUAAUAUUAAUUAUACUUCUGUUGUUUUAA